AUGGUCUACUAUCCACGCUCCACCUCCCAGAAAGACUACUACAAUGAUUACCCACCGCAGACUACUCAAGCAUCUGGCUACUCUCCUUCACAUCUAUCUCCCCCGCCAAGACCCAACACUUAUUCCCGCGAUCCGCAACACGAUAGCCAAGUGAAUCCAGCGUCCCUACUCGCCUCUCUCAAGAUCACCUAUACAUGCACGGUGACUGUAGGGCCAAUCCCAACCUCACGUGCGCCUUCACCAACACCUCCAAGACCGCCUCCUCGGGUUCAAACACAUUCAUCUGUUAAUCUGUAUGCUCGCGGAAAUAACAUCCCUCGCCAUUCAGAAAGCAGAACAUCCCAAGGAAAUUCCGAACAGAAAAAUCGGGAAAGAUCUACCAGAAUGGAAGCUCAAGAUGAAGAGUUAAAGAGAGAUGAGGAGCGGAAAAAGAAGGCAGACGAGAAAUGGGAAGGAGAGGAGGCAAGGAGUAAACGUGAAUACAACUCCGAGAAAGAGAAAUUAUAUUAUCGAAGUCGAAUGGAGCGAGAUCGAAAUCGACCGGCUGAUGGAUGA